AUGCCACCCCUCCCAGACCGGUCGCUGGAGCGCCGGCGAGUGGUCUUAUAUCAUCAAACCCUGAUCCCAGGCGCGGGCCCAUAUGUCCCCAUGAUGCCACUUGUGGAGAACAACACUGGCGUCACGCAUGUUAUUCUGGCAGCGAUUCACAUAAAUGAUCAACCGGGUCACAUUACACUCAACAAUGACCCACCUGACAACCCCAAGUACGACCCUUUAUGGGCGGAAGUGCCCCAGGUCCAGGAGGCCGGCUUGCAGGUCAUGGGUAUGUUGGGUGGUGCGGCCCCAGGCUCAUUCACACGACUUGAUGGCGACCAAGCCCAAUUCGAACUAUUCUAUGGACCUCUUCUGGAAAUUCUCCGCCGAUACAAUCUCAACGGACUCGAUCUCGACGUGGAAGAGAGCAUGUCUCUUCGAGGCGUGAUUCGCUUAAUCGACCGACUCAAGGCCGAUAUGGGUAACGACUUUAUUAUCACGCUCGCGCCGGUUGCUGCCGCACUUCUUGGCGCUGGCAAUCUCUCUGGCUUUGACUACCGAGAGCUCGAGCAGGCGCGGGCUUCUAAAAUCGACUGGUACAAUGCGCAGUUCUAUAAUGGAUGGGGCCCUGCUGAAGACCCUCGGAUGUACGCGGCGAUCGUUGCGCAGGGCUGGUCUCCGCGCCGGGUUGUUUACGGCCUUUUGACUAACCCAGGCAAUGGGUCACAGGGCUAUGUGUCGCGCGAGAAGAUCAGUCCUGUUCUUGCAGCCUUGGUCGAGCAGUUCCCCAAUUUUGGUGGUGUGAUGGGUUGGGAGUAUUACAAUGCACUGCCUGGUGGUGAGGCUGAGCCAUGGCAGUGGGCAGCGGAGAUGACAGUCAGUAUGGGUAUGAAAGAUGUGGUGGCCGCUGCUAAACAGCUUUUGGCGCCUGGGGCUAUGGCAAGCAGCUUGAAUAACCUGCUGCAAGAUAUGUUGAACCAGGGACGAAGAUUUUGA